AUGGCGGCGUCCAAUAUCCUCAUCUACCUGCUCCGGCACGAUCUUCGCAUUGCGGAUAACCCUAUCCUUCAUCAUCUCGUAACCGCGUCUGACCACGGAUUCACACAUGUCCUCCCUGUCUACGUAUUCCCGGCUCACCAGAUCGAGAUUUCCGGCCUCUUGCGCGAAGGAAGCAAAUCCCCUUACCCAGAAGCUCGCAGCGAGAUUGGCAAGUUCUGGCGGUGUGGACCUCACCGAACAAAGUUCAUCGCUCAGUCCGUUUGGAACGUCAAAGAAUCCCUCGAAGGCGUAGGAAGUGGCCUGGCUUUACGCGCAGGCAGAUUCGGUGAUGUCGUUGGCGACCUUCUUCAAGGAUUCGCAGACAAACACCAAAAGGUCGGAGCGGUCUGGAUGGUCGAGGAGGAAGCUAUCGAAGAGAAAAAGGAUGAGAAGGCAGUGGCCAAAGCCUGCGAGAAGCACGGCGUCCAGUUCAAGACUUGGCUGGACGAGAAAUACUUCAUUGACGACCGCGACCUCGGCUUCAAAACUCCCAGCGACCUGGCAGAUGUUUUCACAGCCUUCAGAAAGACCCAAGAGCCGCUCCGCGAGAAACCGAGACCCACGCUGGCUCGCCCUGCAAAGGGUUCCCUUCCACCCUUCCCUGAGCAGUCCGCUAUCCCUCCCCAGCAAGCACCAUUUCAGAUCCCAUUCACCUACGAUGCCCUUGAGUCCGGUCUUCUUAAACCUCUGAAGUGCCCCUUCGAGAAAGAGCCAAAGUUUCCAGAGAAGGCGACUUCUGUUCAUCCGUUCAGUGGUGGCGAGGAUGUCGGCAUUGAGCGUCUGGAUCACCUUGUCAAGACAGGUGCCAUGUCAAGCUACAAGGACACACGCAACGGUCUCCUAGGAGUCGAUUUCAGCACCAAACUUUCAGCUUAUCUAUCACUGGGAUGCCUGACGGGUCGCCAGAUCCAUGAGGCUCUGGUCAAGUUUGAAGACGGCCAGGAUGCUACAUUCAAAGACACGCCCGGGUACGGAAAGGGAGAAAAUGACGGAACCAAGGCUGUGCGAUUCGAACUCCUCUGGCGUGACUAUAUGCGUCUUUGCACGAAGAAGUUUAGAGGGCAGCUUUUCCGCGUCACUGGUUUCAAGGCCGACAAGACACCCAAGUGGAAGUCAGCGGACCCUGAGCACGUGGUUUCUGACGACAACCUUGGUGCGUCGCCGGAUGAUAUUCAAAAGACACUGAACAGGUUCCUUGAGGGAACCACCGGCAUGGGGUUGAUUGACGCCUCGCAACGCGAGCUGUACCACACUGGUUACACUUCUAACAGAGCUCGUCAAAAUGUGGCUUCCUUUUUGACCAAGCAUCUCGGUAUCGACUGGCGGUACGGAGCUGAAUGGUACGAGUAUCUUCUUGUCGACUAUGACGUUAGCUCGAACUGGUCCAACUGGCAGUACGUCGCUGGCGUCGGCAAUGAUCCUCGUGGUGACAACAGAAUUUUCAAUCCUGUUAAGCAAGCCUUCGACUAUGAUAAGAACGGAGAGUAUGUCAAAGCCUGGGUCGUCGAAACUCGACAGGUUGGAAAGUUGGAGAAUGUGUUCCAGCUCUGGACCACACCCGCGGAUGAGCUCGAACGCCUCGGUUUGAACAACAACACCAUGAUCACAGACCCCAUCAAGAAGAUUGAUUUCUCGGUAGAAGGGAAACCUAAGACCGGUAGAAGGCAGUAUAAUAAUCGACGAAGGGGUCGAGGCAACCCCCAUCAGGGCAACGGGUCCAACGGUGGACCAUCACGAGGGCCUCCACCAGGAUCAGGAAGCUCUACUGGAGGCUACGGUCACUCGAAUGGUGCUGCCUCAGACCAAGGCUCGACAGGCCACUCUUCAUCUAGGUCACCACCCAGUGGGCCUCAGGGAUACCGUACCAACGGAGGAAACGGCGGAUUCCGUGGCGACUCCCGUGGUGGCUAUCGUGGCGGACGGGGUGGUCGAGGUGGAGGUGGUGGCAGCAGCGGUGGAAGUGGAGGAGGUUACCGAGGGGGUCGUGGAUCGUUUGGCGGUGGCAGGGGAGGAGGCUUCAACACCUACCACAUUGCCAACAUGUAUCCCUUGGCAAACAAUCAGCCGCGGCCACAGUGGACAAACGCGACGUCUUUGCAACAGUCGUAG